AUGGCUCGAGCUUGUGAGCUCGUGCUGCUUGCCGCUGUCGCCGUCCUCCUCGCAAGCACAGCGACGGCCUUCACAACGCCAUCGUGCAUCAAAGAGGCGCAGCAGCUGGUCAAAGUACUGGACGCCAAGCCUCAGUUCUACAGCGACAUUUCGACUGAGCUGAAGAAGCUUAUCAAGGCUGUUAAGAAGGGUUACGAUGUCGGAGAAUUCUACGACAGCACGCUGCUGCUGCCAACCAAUCAGGCUCUCAAGGCGGCGAAAAUCAACCCAACCAAGAUAAAAAACAACGAGAAGCUCUACCGAAUCCACAUUUUCGACGGCCAACUCGACAGCAUGGCCGUGGGUGACGUGCAGAUGACCUCGCAGCCCGGCGUGAGCGUGAAGGUUUUCAAGGCGCCCCCGAGCGCGUCGCCCAUGAAGAUGGCGGUCCGCCUUGUCAAGUCGAAGAAGCCGCCGGUUCCGGUGCUGGCGCAUCUGCACACGGGCACGGGGAACUGCUUCGAGGCGUACGGCAUCGGCGGCGUGCUGUCCUAG